AUGAUUUCCUCACUUCAUUCUCGGUCAAGCGCUAUCACUUCUAUAUUUAAAGAGACUCAGCUAUCAAAUGCUGCAAUAAGUCUUCCAACCGAAUGUCUUACGCAGAUAUUCGAAAAUUUCGACGUAUGCGAUUAUGCUGAUUUGCACGCGGCACUUUUGGUGAGCCGUAGCUGGUGUAAAGUCGCUGUCGCUUAUCUGUGGCAAGCUCCAUUUGCUUUGGAAAACUUGUCAAUGCGACGGCAGGAGAGCCUCAUUUCAGCUUAUAUAAAGUCUUUAAGUAUUGAUGCGAAACAGCAACUUAUAACAGAGUAUGAUUUGAAGUUACCAAAUCCGUUAGGUAUAGAGGCUACUGCUGCUUUUAAUUAUGCUUUGUUUUUAAAAGACUUGGAUAUGGAAAGACUUUUUAAGUCAGUUGUGACUUGGUGGGAAGAAUCGAGUUGCGAAAAAAUCGGAUAUAAACAAACUCAUGUAAAGUUUCUUCGUGAUCCCGUAAAUCAAUCAUAUACAUCAAUCAUUAACGAUAAUGAUGACAAUUAUAGUUUGAAUUCUGGUGAUGAUGAAAAUACCAAAAUUCCUGAUAAAGACGACACUAAUAAACAUGAUCUAAAUAAUACUCUUGCGGACAACACGGAUCAAAAUCAACAAAAAAGUUCUGCAGAAUUUGAGGAUAAAACCGGAAAAUUUCAGGAUAAUAUUUUUCAAGAGACACGAGAGCGCGAGCGUAUACGUCAGGAAUUAAAAAUGAGGCAAAUACAGAUGACAAUGAUGACUCUGUGGCGGCACUUUUAUCGAUCAUCAAAGGUGCACACAUUCCGAUAUAAUACCGCACAUACGUUAUUUCCAGACAACAUGAAUUUAAUAUCGACGAUAUCGCAUAUUGAUUCAAGAUUCUUUUCGCGCGUUCAAACACUGGAGAUGGGUGAAAGGACUCCGGAAAGAACCUUUGAAUUAAUUUCAUCACAUAAUUGUCCAGUGAUUCAUUCAUUGAGUGUCAAAUAUCCAGUGACCGAUCAAGCAAUUACUGCUUUAGCGAGAUUGGUUACUAUGCAAGAAUCGCUCGAGUAUUUAUGUUUGCAUGGAUCUGGAGGCGGAAUUCGAAAGAUUGUCGACGCUUUACAAUACCAAUUAUCCUCGUUAAAAUGCGUAAAUCUUUACAAGACACACAUUACACAAUCACUAUUAAUUACACUCGGAAAUGCACCAAAUUUGUCACUGGUUAUAUUUGAUAAAUGUCGUGCAUGUUUCCUACCAGAUUGGAGACCAGCUCGCGAUAUCACAACAUGGCGUGCACUGGAAAAGUUGGUAGCGAUUGAAACGGACUUUCCAGAGGAAGUAUUGCAAAAUAUUAUUGCUAGUGCAGUUCGUACUUUGUGUGGAUUAUGGGUGAGGAAGCAUGAUAACAGAUUUGGUGGUGAAUUCAAUAGAGAGAUUUUAGAAUAUGCAAAAAAACGUUGUAUUAAUGAACUAAUUUCUGAUCCUGAUCUGCAACCUCAAUUACAAAGGCUCGUUUUUGAAUAA